AGAGAGAGAGAGGCAGACCAAAAAAAAUAUAAGAAUUUUUUUAAUUCUUUAAUUUUUUGCUUGCCGUUCUGGUGCCAGCGCAUUCUGCCUGGCAUCAUGACCUCCAUACUGGAUAUGAAGGCUGGUCCUCCGGACUAUUGGGCCGAAAUCAGUAAUUUCUUUUUACCAUUGAAAUACAUUUUCGCCAACGAUCGCUUCGAUGCCUUGGUCCAGGAUAUAGACCUGUAUUACCUGAUCAAUGCGGUGUUCUGGAUAUUUGUGGCCCUAUCCUUCGGCUUCUAUGGAUUUCAACGGAUGUUCCAGUUCUUUCUCAAGUCAUCGAAUGUGAAAUAUUUUAAACGAAAGCAAUUCGCGCGUCUAAUUUGGAAUAUUGCCUUCUAUGCGGCCUGUUGCCUGUUCCUGCACUUUUACAAUGAAUUCAUGAUCCUGCCGCAGUUGAUGAAGAAUCAGGGACGCUAUGCACUAUUCUAUUCAUCGGAGAAUUUAAUCUUUUAUCGCUCGCAUCAGACAGAGAAAUUUCAAUUCUAUUCGACAUUUAUUAUCACAUUUUAUUUGCAUGGAGCAAUGUUGGAUUUCAAGGAGGCUGAUUUUCUGGAGGCUGCCUCAAAGGGUCUCUACCUGUUGGCAUUAAUUGCCAUCGAUGUAUACAGGUAUGAGAAUUAUUUUGUGGGCCUGAAUCUAACCUUGGGUCUGUACAGUAUACUCACCGAAUUGCUGGCUCUGCUCGCCAUGCCCAAUAACUCGAAUCGGAAUCGCUUGAUCUAUCAAUUAUUCAUGGGCAUACGCAUUGCGGCCUGGUCGCAUGUCUUUAUCAAUUUGCUGCCCUUCAAGUAUUUUAUGCCCACACUGUUUGCUAAGAAUUUCAAAUUGCCAUUGAAUGUGGUAAUUUGGUUGUGGUACGGUCUAUCCAUAUGGAAUUCGCCUGUGUUGCAGUAUUUCUAUCAUCAGAUCUAUCAUACGACACCGGCGGAUUGUUCGGGCGAGGGAUCAGCAGCCAAAUGCAUCUUGGUCAAGGAUUCUGUCGAGUAUCGUCAUUACAAAACACUUAAGAAAGCCUACAUGGAAGUAAAAUUGGCCCAUGAGAAAUCUACUGCAAAUGCCUUACCAGCAACGGAAUCUGCAUCAGCUAAAACUUUUCAAGCCAUCAAGUGUGUUAUGAUGCUGAAAAGAAAAUUGAAACGCAUACGCGAAGGACGCGGUAAUGAGCCCGAGGAUGAUAACGAAGAGCUAAAUAAUGACUAAGAAAAAAAGAAAAUAUCAAAAAUUAGCAAAUCUAACAAAAGACGGCACAAAAAUCAACACUUAAAUAAUAACAAUAAUAUAUAAGAUAAACAACUAUAAAGACAAAAGGCUUUAGGAUGCUUAAUAUAGAAAAACUUAAGAAGAACUACCUCCUGUCAAAAGAGAGAGACAUCACUAUCUAUCUAUCUCAUAAAAAUGCUCUCUCAUGUUUAUACAAAGAGGCUUACUAGCAAUUUUGAAUUUGGUCUUCAACAAAGAAAAUUGUACUUAAUUAUACAAAAUUGUAAACUAUUUAGAUUGAUAAAAUUCAAAGUAUUUGUAUGUAAUCAA